GAUUGUAUCCGGGUCCAUCUCGGGCCUUUUGUCGGCCGGGCUGCGAAUUGGGUGACAGCACAGUCGGUCACGUGUGAUCUCCGUGGCCGGAAGUGAUGCUCGGUGUUCCGGUAGUGACGACGUUGCGUGGUGAAUGGUGCCUGAAUCUGGAGCCGCUGCCGGAUAGGCCCCGGAGAAAUGGACUUCAGCAGCAUCCUGAGCAAGGCUUCGGAAAACAAGGUGGUGUCGGAGGUCCCGAAGCGUUACAGUUUGUCAGUGAAACCUCUGAAGAAAAAGCCACAAGUGAAAGUGGUGCAAUCUACUGCGGUGCAAGCAUUCCUCAAACGCAGAGAAGAAGAGUUAAAAAAUAAAGAUUUAGAAGAAAGACGGAGGAAGGCGGAGUUACUUGCAAAGCGAGUUGCAUUAAAACAUGAUCGUAAAGCAAGAGCGAUGGCUACCCGUACGAAAGACAACUUCAGAGGCUAUGAUGGUAUUCCUGUGGAACAGAAAAGCAAAAAGAAAACUUCUGAUGAUGAGGCAAAGGACCAGAUAAUGGAUGAUUAUAAUGAAGAUUAUUACUAUGAUGAGACACAGGGCGAAGAUGAACUAUCUGAAGUAGAGGAUUCUGAAGAAUUUGAAGAACCUAUGCAUGAGAGACCAGUAAAACAGCAACACAUGGAGGUACCAGUUAAACGGCGUAAGCAUCAACACAGAGAGCCUGUGGUAUCAAGUAAGGAGCCUAAGAGACUCUGCAAAGAACUUGAGACACCAACUAAGGAACCUGAACAAUUGUUCAGGGAGGCUAAAAAAUCUAAAGUUCCAAAGAAACCACCGUCAGCACCCAUGAACUUCUCCGAUCUCCUGAAGUUGGCUGAGAAAAAGCAGUUUGAGCCAGUAGAGCUAAAGCCAAUUAAAAAAGUAGAGGAGAAGCUGUACACAGCAGAGGAACUGAAAGAAAUUGAAUUUUUAGAACGCAAACGACAAAAACAAAAUGACAAAAGGAAACCUGAGAAAGAGAGCACUUUAUCACAUCCAACUAGCUCAUCCAAGAAAGAAUCUUCAACUAAAGACAGUAAAAACACAAAAUUGGUACGAGACCCAGGAGAGAAACUUAAUUUAUUCAGAGAGAGUAACUCAGCAACAUCUGUUCAUGGAGUUCACAAGAAGCCAAAAACUGCAUCAAGUGAAAAAUCUUCAUCUUCAGUGUCUUACAAAACACCUACACAGGAAAAAUCCAGGUCUUUAGUAGGAAUUGGACAUUCUAUUUCCAAAAAUUCCAGUAGUAAUGUUGGAAAACCUGUCCUAAACAGCUCAGCAAAAUCUGGAAUUAGCUCACAAACGCCAAGCAAAGGAUUGAAACCUGGAUCAAAUGGAAUUCAUUCUGCAGUGUCUUCAAAAAACAGUCAGAGAAGAGCUGAACUCUCAACUUCAGCCAGGAAAAAUGAUGUUUCCUCCGUAAAGCAUGAAAGGACAAGUGGUUCAAAUGCAUUGCACUCCAAAAGCACAAGUAGGUCAGCUUCUGAACGGUCCAAAGGUUCCAGUAACUUAAGCCAAAAACGACCAGCCAGUUCAGACCACACACGAUUGAGCAACUUAGGUCAACAUAAAUCCGGUAGUGCAGUUAAUUAUGGAGCUUCCCGUCCCAGCAAGAUAGGGGGCUCAGAUUCCAUGCGAUCUAAAGAUACAAGCAAUUCUGGACCUCCUAGGCAGAGUAAUACAUGUAACUCUGGGUCUGUGCAAUCAAGAGGCAUGAGUACAUCGGUACGGGUAGCUGGUUCUGGAUCAGUAAGGUCCGGAAAUUCUUCUGUUUCCUUUUCUGGAUGGCAUCCAAGCACUGAUGCUGGGCGACCUGGAAGCAGAGUUGAAGUGCCAAAACCUAAAUGUACUGUUGUAUCAGAAACAAUAUCUUCAAAGAACUUCACAUCGCGUCCCAACAGUGGGCAGAUGAACAAUGUAAGAUCGGCACCACCAGGCUACAGAUCAUUGGCACAUCCAUCAGCUCCUACAAGGCCACCUAUGCCUAUAUCCUAUAGGCGGAGACUGGAGGAGGAUGAUGAUGAAUAUGAUUCGGAAAUGGAUGAUUUCAUUGAUGAUUCUGGGGUAUCACAAGAUGAAAUCUCAAGACAUAUCAAGGCAAUCUUUGGAUAUGACCGCACAAGGUAUAAGGAUGAAAGUGACUAUGCUUUGCGAUACAUGGAAAGUAGCUGGAAAGAACAACAGAAGGAAGAAGCCAAAAGCUUGCAGUUGGGUAUGAUGGAGGAUGCAGAAGAGCUGCAGAAAGAGGAAGAAGAACUAAGAAGGAAGAUGAAAGCUAAGAAACGAAGGCUUUAAUUCAUUGAAAAAAAUCACAAAUUUAUUUAUUAUAUUUAUAUACAAAAUCUGGUUAUUUACAAAAAGUAAUAUGCACUAAAGUAAAGAAUUUGCUUUGUGAACUGUGGAACUCAUUAAGCUGAUUGACCAAUUCAAUAGAAGAUAUAAGUUAGCAUUUAAAUAGGUUGCUGGUAACUGGAGUAAUUUUACAUAAUUGUAUGGUCCAUCGCCAAUUUUUUUUUUUCAGUUCCUAGAUCAUCUGCAUUGGAUAAGGUCACAACAGCAAAUUUGCUCUUUCAUUCUCUGUAUUCCAUAAAUUUUAUUUAUGGAGCCAAGGACUUUGGGUGCUCCAAAAUAUUGAUGUGUAUAAUGUUAAUGUUUUUUGCAUUUCAAGCUUAAAGGCAAAACCAUUUUGUGCUUUAAAGAUUUACCACCAAUUAUCAUUCGACUUUCUACUGGAUGCCUCUGGUUGAUUUAAAAAUUUGAUUUUUUUUUUGUCCCAGCUUCAUUUUUGUUUGAGAUGGAUGAUGUGGCGUAUUAGCCAUGGUCUCUGUCUCACAUCUGAAUUCAAAUUCAUCCCAGGCUCAUGGAAGAAAUGGCUCCUCUGUCUCCUGGCCAAAUGUAAAAUGAGUUUAAGUUCCCUCAUUACAUGAGCUUAUAGUACAUAACUGUUUCCUGUUUCAUCCAGCAGUCACCGAUAACCCAUAAUGUUUCAAGUGAUCAGUGGAAAAAUAUUAAAAGAUCGUAAGACUAUUUGGCUUAUUGAAGCAGAUCCUUAUAGAUCUCUCAAAUGUAGCAACAUAUGGACUUUAAAUAAUUUUUUUUGUUUCCAUUAUGCUGUCUCGUGGAUUAUUCCAAACCAUGAUAUUUUUGAGCGAGGACAUUUUUCCUAGCAACUAUUUUAAAUUCAGUUUUCACUAUUUUAAUUUUAUGUCCUCUGGUCCAAUUCCCUAAUUUUGCUGCUCAUCUGUGAUUGAGGCCGAAGACACAUUGGUGAAAUAUUAUAGAAUGCUUUUCUCUGCAUCCAACUGUGCCAUACCUCCUUUGGGCAUGAUUGAUGCUGGCAGUAGGUGCCUGAAAUGGAAUGGCACUUUCCCAUCACCUUUGAACUCAAUAUUUUCUAAAACCAAAUAGGUUACUGUUCUCUGAAGUGCGAUUUGUUCAAACCUAUAUGCUAGGUUUGCUAGUGAAAAGGUUAAAAAAGUUGAAUAAAAGUAUAAUAAAAUACAUUUUGUAAUUUUUUGAGAAUAUUGCAAGUACAGACUCAUUAAAUGUAAUUGAUACUCUACAAUAAAUUUUUAUCACAUAGUUUAUCA